AAAGCAUCAAGUAUUAACUCUUGCAUAGAGUACUCCGUAGAUAACAGUGAAGUCAAACCAUUGGAUACAUACAUUUUGCUUUUGUCUAAUGUUUAUAUGUUUACCAGGGGUACCACAAUACCACACAUAAUCACCGUACAUUAGACUAUUUACACUCAGAAGGUAACAUGGAAAAUACUCGGAUUAACAACCCAUCACUGCGACUUCAGCUCCUCACUAUUCAGGUGUAUUCGUACUCUUCUGCACCCCGAAAAUCACUGAUGUAAUCCAAGCUCUCCCCAUACCCCAUAAUUGCAACACCCCUUCCACUGACAUCAUCUCCACUUCAUCCGCAUUUUUCCUACUUCAAUCACCAAUUCCUUCAUUCCAUACAAACUACCUGUAAUAAAUCAAGAGAAUCGAAGGACAAAAUGGCCGUCCCGUUCAUCCCCAUCUUCCCGAUCUGCUUCCAGUGCGGAACGGAUCAGAAUCCUUGUCGGUGUAAGGUUGUUGGGCCGACUAUUGGUUUUGUGGUUACUAUUCUCGCGGCUGUUGUCUGCUAUCCCGCCUCGCUCUUCUGCGGCUGUUGCAUGACCAAGACUGGGAAGGAUGUGCUUGCAUAUCCGGUGAAAUUGAACGCGCAAGUUAGCGAUCUUAUACCUAUAUGACAUGGCGUUCGCGGAGUAUUGGAGUACAAACAGGUAGUUCCUUAAUGGUUUAGUAUUUAUAUGGACUAAAAAGCGUGUAAUGCGAAUCUAGUUGCCAU